CCCCAGAAUGAGUGCCAACAAAAUCUUCCUGCGCUACUAUCCGCCAGGGCUGGCUAUUAAUUAUCGAACAACGAGGGGCAAUGAACGACUGCGACACUUCGAUCUACUUGACCUAGAUUCAAAAACCAACAUAGAACCUCUAGCGGACAAGAUCCUAUUGCAAACAUUAGCCGAGGCGGAUGAGGACCAAUUACCUACGAGUUCGGACAAGGCUUCCCCACCACGCCCUGUCAGCGGAAGUGUAUCCAGAUCUCAGAACACCUUCAGUGCCCUAAAGCAGGCCCUGGAAAAACUUCAGAAGAAACUUCGUGAGCCUGUGAAGAAGAAAUUCUAUCUGCACAAGUGCCACAAUUCGCACAUCCUGCCGCUGACCAAUGUGUCCUUCGAUCGGAGUGGAGAACGCUGUCUAACAGGCAGCUAUGAUCGCACCUGCCAUGUGAUCAACACCCAAACAGCUCAGGUGGAACAUAUCCUCAACGGCCACGAUAACGUGGUGUUCUCCGUGGGCUUCAAUCUUCCUCAUUGGUAGGUGAACUCAUCAAACAUAUUGUGCAACAUGGCGUAUGCAAUAUAAUUUCCUAGCGACAAGAUAGUGACAGGAUCCUUUGAUGGCACUGCCAAAGUUUGGUCCGCCGGAAGUGGCCAAUGCUUGGCCACUUUUUAUGGACACACUGCUGAGUUGGUUGCCGCUGAAUUUGAUCCUCUGCAUGGAAGUUCCAUAGUCACUGCCUCAUUGGAUGGAACAGCAAGGAUUUACGAUGUGGAAACGUCUCAUGAACUGCAGCAACUGAGCUUCCAUGGAGCGGAGGUUAUUGCUGCUCGAUUUAAUCGCGAUGGUCAGAUGCUGCUCACUGGAUCAUUCGACCACACAGCAGCCAUAUGGGAUGUGAGGAGCAAGAGUCUCGGCCAUCAGUUGCGUGGCCAUAGUGCCGAGCUGUCCAAUUGCGUAUGGAACUUCAGUGGGUCCCUGAUUGCCACUGGCUCCUUGGAUAGCUCAGCGAGGAUCUGGGACAUCCGAAAGCUGGAUCAGGAACUAUAUUUGUCCGCCAAGCACAGUGAAGAGGUGCUGGACGUGAGCUUUGAUGCAGCAGGCAAACUUUUGGCCACCUGCAGCAGCGAUUGCACGGCAAGGGUAUGGGAAUUAAAAGGAUCUUCGGAGUUAGAAAUGCUCUCCCUGAUGGCUGGACAUUCGGAUGAGGUGUCCAAGGUGUGCUUCAGUCCCAGUGGCUGCAUGCUGCUGACGGCCUCUGCUGAUAACACGGCACGCUUGUGGCUCACAGAAACCGGACAGUGUUCCCAAGUUCUUGCCGGCCAUGAGGGAGAAGUAUUCAGUUGCGCCUACAGCUAUACAGGAGAUGCGAUCCUGACCGCCUCCAAGGACAACACUUGUCGUUUCUGGAGAUGAUACGACUGGUACACUGUGCAGCUGAACGAUGGAUCCAUUGACUGA